AAUGUAACCAGAACACCUAAAAGAAAAAACUGUAUUUUAAUUCAUCCUUAAUCCAAAACCUUUAACACAUGCUAAUCUACUUUCAUUGAUUAGCUUUGAGUCAAAGAAAUAUUUGAAUAAAUAUUGGUUUAUAAUUAUUAUUAUUGAAACAAUGACUUAAGAUUAGCGAUCUCCUUUCGAAUUAAGAAUCUGGCACUUCUAUACUGAAGAAGAGAAAUCUAUAUCUCUUCUGAAUGCUUAUAAAUAGAGAGUGCUAUUUUCAGAAGAUAUCAAAUCUUUCCUUUUAAAGGAUAGAUUAAAUACAUGGGCAUAUUGGGGAUUUCCAGUUGCCUGUUAUGCUCUCUUUCAUUAUAGUGGAGCCUUGUAGCCAUAUAUUGCUACAAAGUAUUCAGUAUCAGCAUAAAGAUUGAUUCCUGCAGCUAUUUCAGGUGUUCUUUGGUUAGGCUGGUUACAUUUUAAUCCAUUUUACAAUGCCUUAUAAAAGUAAUGAGAAUUGUUGAAAGAUUAUCAUAGUGAGAAAUUAAAUUUGUUAAAUUUAAUAGAGAAAAGAGUUGGAUUAAAUAUGAAGGCAUUAAAUGAAUAAGUACCUCGUACUUGGACAACUUAAGAGAUACAUAGAUAAAUUAGAGAGUCUUACAAUAAUAGACAUGGUUUCUUUACUAAUAUCUUUUAUCCAAGUGAAGAAAGAGCUUCCCCAUUAUAAGAUAUAUCAAACUAUCCUUUCAAAUACAGAAGAGAUAAGAUUGUAAAAUGAU